AAGUCUAUAUGAAAAUAAACGAAUUAAUGUUCGUUUCCUCUUAUGCAACCGAUAAACAUGUUAUUUUGACAUAACCUCAAACGCUCGCCGCGAACGGUCAAACGCAGAGGAUCGCCGUAAAAACAAAGGAAAUUUCUUACUUCAGCCUCCUUGAUCGAGUAAGAUUUCUCUCCGUACUCCAUCGUCGCCAGUGCUUCCUUCACUUUCUUGCAUAUUCGCAGGGAUGUUGAGCGUGGGAAGGCAAUGCUUCUCAAAGUUUGUGUUGCCUGGCAGCAAAACGCUUGCGGGCAACGCCAAUCGAAUAUACACCAGCAAUGGGUUGAAGAAGAUGCUGCACAGCAAUUCGCUGUGGAACAAGCAGCCACUCGUUAAGCAUGCCAAGGGUAACUUGUUGAGGGGAACCGGUACUGUGGCGAUGCGACUGACUGCAGAGACUUCAACAAAUUCCAAUAGAGCUGUCGGUUACUGGCUGAUGACGUGCGGAGGGAUGGUGUUUGUUGCUGUAGUAUUAGGUGGUGUGACUCGACUGACAGAGUCUGGCCUGUCGAUGGUGACUUGGAAGCUGCUGGGUGAGAAGAUGCCCAGGACGCAGGAGGAAUGGGAAUCGGAGUUUCGAAAGUACAAGGAGUUUCCCGAGUUUAAAAUAAAGAACAAGGACAUGACGCUGUCAGAGUUCAAGUGGAUCUGGCACAUGGAGUUCGGGCACAGGAUGUGGGGUCGCGCCAUCGGUGCGGCCUUCCUCGUGCCGGCGGCCUACUUUUGGAUGCGCGGAAGACUGCGACCCGGAAUGAAGCCGAGGAUCGUGGCCUUCGGAAGUCUCAUCGCGGCGCAGGGAUUGAUGGGAUGGUACAUGGUGAAGUCUGGACUGGAGGAUAGAUUCCACGGGGAAUCUGAUGUGCCGAGGGUGUCGCAGUACAGGCUAGCCGCCCAUCUCAGUUUGGCGUUCGUCCUUUACACGCUGUUCGUGUGGUCCGGAUUGGAUCAUCUGGUGCCAGCUGGAACCAUUCCGACCACCUCUCAGAGCGUCGUCAAAGCUGCGCGGAAGUUCCGAAUGCUGGCGCAUUCCUGCAAGGGUCUGGUCUUCCUCACCGCAGUCUCCGGUGCUUUCGUCGCCGGUUUGGACGCCGGACUCGUCUACAAUUCCUUCCCGAAGAUGGCCGAUAAAUGGGUGCCUGACGAUGUUAUGGCUCUGCAGCCGAAGAUCUCGAAUUUCACGGAGAACCCGACGACGGUUCAAUUCGAUCACAGGAUACUAGGAACGACAACGCUCACUUUAAUCUCCACCUUGUGGCUUCUGUCCAAGCGACGGGUGUUGCCUCCGAGAGCGUACAAGGCUGCAAAUGCUUUAGCCGCGAUGGCCUGGCUUCAGGUGGGCUUAGGCAUCUCCACUCUCCUCACCUACGUUCCCGUCUCUUUGGCGGCUUGCCACCAGAGCGGUUCUCUCGUCCUCCUAUCGACGGCCAUUUGGCUCACGCACGAACUCAAACGCCUACCAAAAUAG